AUGUUGAGUCUUUCACCGUCUGCAUCCUCUGCACCCCUCACCAAAAACCACCCCCCCAUGCCCGUCAUCGCAUCAUCAAUCUUACACCUCCACAAAACUCCUUACCAACAUCUUCAGACCCUACCUCAACCACCCACAAUAACAACUCCUUACCUAAAUCCAACAGAUUAUCCUGUCACUUUCCCUUCAAACCAGGCCGCCUCCCCUAUCCUUCCAUAUGAACCCCCCACAAAAACUUUUAGCUCGGCAUCUUAUGUCAAUACCCCUACUGGUACAGACCAUCUUAAGCUGUUCUUUGAGAGAUUCCCCUCGUGCGUGGAAUAUCAAGACCUGAAAAAGACUUUCGGAAAGUUUGGCCGGGUUAUCAAACUGUUUCUGUCCAAACGAAAAACAGUUCUUGGCCGACGCUUUGGUUUUGUGGAAAUACUAUCACCCCUGCCUGUGUCUGAUCUUUGUGACAAAGCCAGUAACGUUUGGUUCGAUUCCUAUAAGUUAAGAGUGAACCCAGCUAAGCUUCAAUCCUCUAAACCUCCCCUGCCAACAUCACCUCAUAGACCCUUACCCAAACCUGCAUCCCCUCAUAAACCCCAACUUAUGUUCAGAGAUAACAGAUCCUUUGCUGAGGUUCUCACAUCCAAACCACAACAAAUGGUCACAAAGACGAGGAGAAUGAUACAAUACAACUCCACGGAUGAGGAUAAGGAAUGGUUGCAUAGGAGCUUAGUGGGAAAUAUCUUGCCAAAUGUGGAUGUAGCAACUAUGGAGGCAACGGUUUUAAAAUCAAGUGUCAAAGCUGUGAGCUUUCGUUAUUUGGGAGCUAGCCAGGUGAUUAUUACCUAUGUGGAUCAGUUAGCCUCAGUGCAAGAACAAAGGAAUAAAGUAUCUGUGCUGCAUUCUCUAUUCAGCAAUCUCAGAAAGUGGGAAACAAGGACUAGAGCAUAUGACAGAUUUGCUUGGAUCUCCAUAUUUGGUUUGCCAAUGGAAGGGUGGAACAGAAACUGUAUCAAUAUUUUGCUUCAGAGCUGGGGAAAUAUUGUAGGAUACGACACUUCCUGUGUUGAGGUCAGUUUGAAAGAAAUCAAAGGUGAGUUUAUCCCCUCUCUCACAACAGUCAAACACUCCAUGGAUGUAUCAUUGUGUUCAACAUCUGUGCUAUCCGAUGACGAUGAAGAUGAUUUUUGUGAGGAAACUAAUAGAGCAGCAACGACUCACAUAGAGACAAAACAAAGACCCGAAUUUGAAUCUGAAUUCACCGGUUUGUUGGGCACCCAAACUCAGAUUGCCAGCACACUCACCACGUCUGAAGUUUCACCGUUGUACCUCUACCCAGAAAUUACUGAAAUUUGCAGACAUGCUGUUUUAUCUCCUGAGAGUACGUACGAAGGCGAUAACCGGUUAGCCUUGGUACCUUGCGUAUAUGUCGAGGGGGGUUCAGUUGCAUGCAGAGAGGUAGCUGUGCAACAAGUUUCUUGCUUUACUGCUAAGGAUGGGCUGGAUCAACAUAUAGAUUAUGACAGCGGACUCCUAAAGAAGAUGGGCCGUAAGAAAAAGCAGAAAUCAACAAGCAUUGGGCCAUCUUUUACAACCUUCAUCACUCCUAUUGCUGAUCCAUAUGAGCUUGGUGCUCUAGAAGUAGGAAACAGGAAAUCCCACAGAAAAAAAGCAUGCUCUGGAAGUAGGAAACAGGAAAUCCCACAGAAAAAAAGCAAAGAAGGUCACACGCAGAACACAAUCUCUUAG